AUGGAGUUCAACGUCAAGGUGGAGCUCGAUGGCCAUGGAUGGGGGUUCCUGGGCGCGACGUGGCUGUACCUGACGGCGCGGCCGGGGGUGCUGAGCGGCGCCGUGGACGCCUACGUCCUGCUGCAGCUGGCGCUGGUGGACAGCGUGCUGGGCCGGCGAAGCCUCAAGAUGAGCGACUUCGUGGUCGGCGAGCGCAUCGAGGAGGGCUCGUUCGGUGGUGGUGUUCUUCGGCACCGUCGUGGAGGAGCGGACGGGCAGGGCCAGGACGAGCCUCCAGAACGACGACAGGUACAAGGAGAAGGUCAUCCUCAAAAAGAUCAAGGUGGGAACAGUGGGGGCCAAGGAGUGCGGCGACUAGGAGGAGUGGUUCAACUACCGCGUGGCCAGGGCGGCGCCGGACUGCCGGAGACGUGCGCCGACUUCCUCGGGAGCUUCGGCGCCGACAAGACCAAGUCGGAGUGCGUCGAGGGCGGCAAGUGGCUCGUCUGGAAGUUUGAGGUGUGCAUUUGGGCCAUGGCGUUGCCAUUUUUCCUGUUGCGAUUUCUUUUGCUGUAUGACCGACCACUCAUGGGAGGGACCAAGAGCGAGGCAUCUGGUCGUAAGUGGCGUAACAAUUUUUUGUCCUGUAUGGGAUUGUUUGAACAAUGUGGUACAGAGUUUCAGACACUAGCUAACUGUACAUUGUGCUAG